AUGCUGCUCAAGCAGCAGGCCCAGCAGGAGAGCGCGGCCAAGGGCGCCAAGGCGCGGAAGCCGGGCGUCUACGCGAAUCGCGAUCCGGCGCUCAACUGGAAGGACGUCGCGUGGUUCUGCUCGAACACGACGAUCCCGAUCGUGCUCAAGGGCGUCCAGUGCGGCGAGGACGCUGUCUUGGCCGCCAAGGCCGGCGUCGCGGCGAUCCUGGUGUCGAACCACGGGGGCCGCAACAUGGACACGGCGCGGUCGUCGAUCGAGGCGCUGCCGGAGAUCAUCUCCAUGCUCACGGAGGCGGGCCUGCGGUCGAAGCUCGAGGUCUGGCUGGACGGGGGCAUCCGCCGCGGGAGUGACGUCGUCAAGGCGCUCGCGCUCGGCGCGAACGCGUGCGGCAUCGGCAAGCCGGCGAUGUACGGCAUGAGCUGCUACGGCGCCGCGGGCAUCACGAAGUGCGUCGAGAUCCUGAAGCGCGAGAUGGUGCAGACGAUGCAGCUCUGCGGCACGCCGCGCUUCGACCUCUUGUCGCCUUCCCUCGUC